AUGUCACUAGCUGCUCAAAGACGAAAAAUUGCCAUGAAAAGAUUCUUAUCUUACCGCCUACCUGAUGUUCAGGAACAGACCAUAUUUUCCAGCGAAACAGAUAUAAGCAAACGUGGAUCCUCGGAUUCUCCCUUUGCAAUCGGCACCGGCCUUGUUCUCAAGAAGUCGCAACCACGCCGUGAAUCAUUUCUUUAUCGAAAUGAAGUGGCAGGAGAACAACCGCGCAGUUUUGGAUGCAUUGCACAAACCCAGCCAGACAGCAGAAGUGCACCACCGGCAAAAAAUGAAGAAGUUUACGUCACACCGUACGCGCAGGUGAUUGCCAGCCUCAAGAGAAUUCGCGCCGUUUUUAUGGAAAUCAUGAAAGAGUGUACCAUGAAGUGCGAAAACAGCUGUGCACAACCACCUUCCGCCGACGAUGACGGAGCCUCACAAAUGAAGAGAACGCUUCCUCAAAUUGGCUUACCUAAACUUCUACAUGUCCUCGGCACAGACGACACAACAAGAAUUGCGAAACUUGCAACAGAAACUCUCUGCGAAUUGGAUUGGGUACUCGAGACGUUAGAUCAAAUUCAAGCUCAAAGGCCCGUAAGCAGUCUGACAAACCUAAAGUUUAAACGCCUGCUGGAUAUCAGUCUCUCCAAUUUGACCGUACUGGACAAGGAACCUCUGUCACCCAUUCGCCACCGCGCAUCCACCGGUAUGGCGCCUCUAGGUCUGCGAGAACGCUGCCACGAGUACCUGGAGUUUGUGUCCCAGGCGAAACAAGCCAACCUCCAUGCCCUGCCCCUUAGUGACAGUUUCCACUCUCGAUAUUCCUCAAACAGGACGGUAAACCAGAUAUCAGAGUACAUUAACCAGUUCUUCGAGCCAACCGACGAACUGCGCCUGGCCACUGCUUCAGCCAGCAAUACCGUCAGCAGUGAGGCCUACGAGUUGCCGGCGGAGUUGCGGGAGAUCGAGGAGUGUGACACCUCUCCGGACGCACAGUCCUCUCUGAUUGGCAGUUCCAUCGGCGACGAAAAGGCGGCGGAUGAGGAUGCCACCGGAAGAACCGAUGAUAUUACAGUCAGAAUAAAUGAGGACACGGAUGAUCUCAGGACAAUGCCUGUUCUUGGCAGUAAUAUGCCCCUGGCGGGCAACGGGAAACCAGUGACAGUCCUUCAGUUAAAUGAGGCAAUGCGCGCCAGUGAUCUGAGUGAUUUUGACAGGAAAAUAUCGAAGGCGAAGACGUCGGCUGCGUCGGCGAUAAAGAUUGACAGUAGUGGACAUGGAUAUGAGGAAUUCUACGACGAUCUUCUGCAAUCACUCGGUCUCAAUGGAGCCUUAGUCAGGCAGGUUAGUAAGCGCGCACUGUGUGCCCCUUUUUGUGCCAUAUCGACAUUAAUAACGCUUCAGUAUAUAUUUGUUUAA